UUCCCCGGCGGGCUGUGCUGGGCUGCGCAGGAGGGACCCGGCGGCAGGAUCCCGGGGAUCUCCCGGGGAAGAGCUCCGGCACCCCGCCUCGGAGACCCGGGGAGGUUUGCAGCCAGCUCUUCCUCCUGGGAAGACAGAGGAGCACAUCAUAUCUGGCCAGGAAUUGGCUUUUUCUCUCUCUCCCCCCCCUUGGAAACUUUGGGCUUGUCACUCCAGCUGAUCCUUCACAAGAGCAAGCUCUCCCCUGGAGGAUUAGAGCCCCCCAGCUUGGAGAAGGGAUCCAAUGCUCUGCUGUGGUGAACCAUGAGACCUGACGACAUCAACCCUAGGACUGGACUGGUGGUGGCUUUGGUCAGCGUCUUCCUUGUCUUUGGCUUCAUGUUCACUGUCUCGGGGAUCAAAGGGGAGACUCUGGGAGACAUCCCCCUCCUGGCAAUAGGACCUGCCAUUUGCCUGCCUGGCAUCGCUGCCAUUGCCCUCACGAGGAAAACGGAUGGCUGCACCAAGUGGCCCGAGAACAAAUGCCCCUGCUGCAAGAAACCAAAGGAUAGGGAAGUCAUUGAGCUGCUGAGGACUCCCUCGGACCUGGAGUCGGGCAGGAGCAGCUGUGAUGAGUUGGCCAAGAAGGCAUACCUAAAGGACAGGAAGGUCCUCAAGGGAGAUGACUCCGUGUCCAUUUGCACCACGGCAACCACCACUACGGCAGGGGAAUGCAAGAGCCUGCUCAGGAAGGUGGACCAAGAGGAGAUGCUGAGAUACCUGGAGACCUGCUACCCAGAGAUGCCCGGGAACGUGUUUGUGGGAGAUGGCUCCACUUACCGUGCCUUGGAGAAGCAGUGCUCUUCUCCUGCCUGGGACAGCGCAACCUGCCCUGACACAGAGGACAACAUUUUUGUUGCUCCAAAAGACAGCAUCAUUGUCUGUUCCUACAAAGAGAACAGCCCUUACGACAGAUACUGUUGUUAUAUAAACCCAAAUGAAGUCAGCUCGGACCAUGAGACCAUAGUCUGAAAGAUGCACAUUUUAUAGAUAUAAACAAAUGUACGUACUGAUACAAACACUAUAACUUCUAGCUCUUAUAGGGUAAAAAAAAAGUAGCUGAUUGCACUGCAUGGGACAAUCUUCAUGUUGUUACAAAUUUAACCUGGUAUUUGACUGAUGCUCAAACCUUUUGUGCCUGAAAUACUCUUUCUGUAAGUAAAUGAGCAUGUUUAAGGUUAAGAACUCAUUCUGUUCUUUGGAAACCCAUUUUGUUUUCUUUUUCUCUGUGUUGAAAGGCUGAAUGUUUUGUCCAAGCCCCUAGACAAGCUAGCAGGAUGAAAACAGAUACUGUCAGCUAAAAUCAAGACAAGAAUCAAAAGUCUGGAGUUCUCGGUAUAGAAUAAUAACAUGCAAUAUGGAUGAGUGGGUCUUAUGAAUAGUGUCACUUCCUUCGUGUCAGAAAGAAGUGAUGGAAUUCAAUGUGCAGUUCAAUUAGCUGGCUGUCCAAUGUUAAGCUGUUAGAAAGACUUCGCAGUUGAGACUUAGAUUCAAGACUGUCUCUAAGUUUGUGCUCUUAUUUGGUUUCACAGUACCUUAUCUGAGAAAGCAAGAAAGUAAGGCAAUAGGCUACUACCUUGAGAAGCUCCUGCUUCAGGGAGUGGGAAUAGGAUAGGGAAAAUGUUCAAAGUGAAUCUAUUACCAGUCAUAUAUAAAAGGGUCCAGGCUUUUAGCUUAUUUUGCUUUCUUCUUAUUUAGUAAUGAAUUCACCAAAGUGUUUGGGAGACAUUUGGAAUUUACAUCUGUAUUAUAAAAAGAAAUUACAACUUG